AUGACGGUGGCGCAACUACCCGACUUCUCCAAGUUCAUCUGGCACGCCGACAUCGAGUCGGUCUCUUAUACCACCCUCUCUCGGUUUCCUCCUGUGAAGCACCUCCCACCGUCUAAGCGCAAGCGCAUCCUCGUCGCUGGCUUCGUCGGAUCCCACCUUAUUGACCGUCUCAUGGCUCUCGGCCACGAGGUCACCGUGCUUGAUAACUUCUUUACCGGUUCAAACACAACAGUGCGUCACUGGAUCGGCCAAUUGAACUUUGUGAGAUGA